UGGAAGAAUUAAGGAAUGGUUGUACUAUCCCUAGACCACUAGUUAACAUUCAAAAUGAAAAAUUUAGAGUAUAAUGUACAUUAUAGCAAUGCUUUUAACUUAAAAAAGAGAGACUAGUCGCUUUCAAGUUGGUUCGUAGCAAUAAUUUAAGAGGUCAUAUGGGUGAAUCAAUUCACAAACGAGGCAAUUUGGUCAGUUGUUUCGUUUUAUGAAAACAAGUCGUUUAUAACAAAUCAAUUCGAAUUGUCUGCAUCCAUCUCGUACAACUGGAAUUGACUCAAAAUGAAUCCCUUCAAAAUUCUAAGCCAAAUUGAUCCAUACAAUUUUUUUUUUUACAAACGAAUCAGUUUGAUCAAAUUGUCACAAACGAGACAAUUAGAUGUCAUUGGUUCAUUACAAUUCCUCAUCAAAACAAUCAUGAAAACAUAUCUAAGGGUACAUCACAUGCGCCUUCAGUCUAUUACUCGAUCCAACCCAAAUCGGGCACAACACUCAUAUAGUGUGCUUGAGCUUUGUGUACACAAAUACAUACGCAUGAAAUUAUUAGAAUUCAACACAAAACCUUUCAAACAUCAAUAAUGAAAAUCCUCUCAUCUAUUUUCUGAUACAAUAUGUAUGCAUGUAUCAAACACGUAUGACUCUCAUUCUUCAUUCGUAAAUUGCGUUCAUCCAAUGAUCAUACAAACAAUCGCUACUAUAGUCUCAAAUUCAGGGGUUGUUUGGAAGUUGCGAUUGUUAAAUAGAUGUAUUCUUGAAAAUGCAUGUAUAAUAUUAUACAUGUAUUGUCGAAUUUGAUGCAUUGUAGAAUACAACGUUUGGUAUGUGUGAUUGUGUAUGUCGCAUCAGCUAAAAGCUGAGACAAAACAAUCUCAACUCAAUUAUGAAUUAUCUCAACAAUCACAACUAAAAGUUGAAAUAUAACAAUCACUCAAAAUGAGUGAUAGUUGUCAAGAACCAGUUGGUUGUUGGGAGAGGUUCAAUCGUGGAUCAUAUACUACAACACUAACACGCCCCCUCAAAUGAAAGCCACUCACAAGGGCGUGAAGUUUGCACAGGUCUGAAGACAAGAAUACCAUGUGCUUAACAAAUGGGGGUCACAUAAGGCUCUGAUACCAUGUCAAGAACCAAUUGGUCCCAAUAACUCUAGUUGUUGGGAGAGGUUCAAUCGUGGAUCAUAUACUACAACACUAACAAUAGUUUCUGUUACAUCACAGAAAUAAUCCAUGUAUUGUUUCUGCUAAAAAAACAAAAAAACGAUGCAUUGUAAACAAUACAUGAAUAAUGACAAUCUCAACAAAACUAUCGCAACUUCCAAACGACUCCUCAAAGCAUCACUUUGAAUAACAUGAUUUGUUAGAGUUUAUAUGUAUUAACUCUUACCCGCUAAAUCGUCUCAAAAUCGACGAAUUCGAGAUUUACAUCAACUUAUUCUCCAUUAAAACAGCAAUAAAAUAAUCUCGCAAAACGAGAAUAAAAGCAUUGAAUUCGAAAAAAAAGAAAUUCUCACAGUUCCCGAGGCACGAAACCUCUUUCUCUCUCUCUCUCGCGGAUCCGCUUCCCCUUUGCCGGACUUCGGGCCUCCGAACUAUAUAUAUAUAACCCGCUCCGACCAAACCCACCACUAGAGAGAGAGAGAGAGAGCAAAAAGAGAAAGUUACCGGAAAACCCAACGAAGCCAUGUGCCUUUCCUCUUCUCCACUUCUCCCUCCAACUCGCCGCUCCUCCGCCUGACUCAGUUCCUUCCUUCCCGCCGACGAACGAGUCACCUCGUCCUCCCAACAAAACAAAAAUGGCCGAGACGCGCCGCCUGAACCGGCGAACCUCAUGGUGCUGCUCCAUCACUCACCCUCCCUGCAAAAGCCCCGACUACUGCCGCGCCCUCCCGUCCUCCAAUUCGAAGCGCAAGCCCAAGCCGAAUCGGAAGAAGCCGACUCGCUCCAACUCGCUACCGUACGACUCGCCUCAGGGCUUGAAAUUGAGCUUCGUCGGCAAGAUUGACCCCCGCAAGAUCCUCUCCCCGGGCCGCGUCUCCCCAAUCGACUCCGAUCCCACCGCCGGGGAGCUCGUGCAAUCCGCGGCGUCGGUGGGGACGGCGGCCGAGGAACAACGCGCUGCCGCCGCUCUUCCGGUGACGGCGGCUGUGGUAGAAGUGGAAUGUGCGAGAUCCGAGAGGUCCGCUUCCUUCAGAGGACUGAACGAUGUUACAGGAGGCGGCCUCGGGUCGGGUUCGGGUCAUUUCGGGUUGGAUCCGGGCGGCGGCGGAGGGGAUUCGUUUGACGUGAGGUUGAAUUUGAGAGGGAGGAGAGGCGGGACGUUGGUGCUGGAGAUGAGUUCCGAUGUUUUGAUGGCGAAUUCGGAGGUUCUGGGAGCGCUGGUGGCAGAGUACAGGAAGGGGGCUCACAAGGUGAAUCGUAUUUAUAGUAAUGGUAAUGGUGGUAGAAGGAGUAGAUCGAUGAAGGUUUGCAGAAUUGAGGUCCCUGACGUGGAGAACAUUGGGGUUUUCAGAGACACGAUCGAGUUGAUGUUUGAAGAUGACAUUACUUCCAAGCUCUUGAAGCAUGGAGCUUAUCGCGCCAUUUCUAUUCUUGAGGUAUCAGCUGAUCUUAAAUUCAGCCGAGGCGCCUUAUCUUGCUUGAACUACCUUGGGGCAGUGCCUUGGACAGAAGAGGAAGAAGAAAAACUCAGGCGCAUAAUGACCAUCCACAAGUUCGAUGAAACAGCCACUCGAGACAUCUUAGACAGACUCUAUAUUCAGGAACCAAGUGAAGACUCACAAUGGAGUUUGACCAAACAACUUCUCUGGUCGAUCACCACUUGUACGGAUCCAUCUGCGAGAAACGAGUUGAAAUCUUUGGUGAAGGGGCUCGUCUCCAAGAGCUCGGUCUACGAUAAACAACAGCCUGCCCUGAACAAGGCGGAUGUGUACGUUAUCUGCCAGAGCUGCCUCGAUUCCCUAGCCUGCCUCUUUGACGAGGCAUCAUCAUCACAGCCUAACACCGACACUGGACUAGCCAAAAAGAGCACACCAGCUGCUGCUAGGUCUCUGGUCGAGAGGAUUGCGAUGCAGGUUGACAAUGUCAACUGGCUUUUAGAGAUCCUGCUUGAAUGGCAGAUGGCUGAGGAGUUCGUCGACAUGUGGGGCAACCAAGAAGAACUCAGGAAGCUCCACGAGGGAGCUUCUCCAUUGUUUAGAUACGAGCUCAGCAGAGUCUCUGCAGCCCUGUUUAUUGCCAUGGGGACCAGAAGGUUGCAUUGUCAAUUUGAGUCGAGAUCAAUGCUUUUCAAGACGUGGUUUUGCCCCAUGCUGCAGGAUUUCGGGUGGAUUAAGAGGUGCAAGAAGGGGUUGGAUUUGAAGGUGUUGGAAGAAGCAAUCGGCCAGUCGCUGCUCACACUUCCCCUGGCGAUGCAGCACGAGCUGUUCAUGGAGUGGUUUAGUUACUUCUCGAAGCACGGGAACGAUUGUAUAAAUCUAGGGAAAGCGUUUCAGAUGUGGUGGCGAAGGUCGUUCCUUAGAGGCUCGGAGACUCACGGUGUUGAAUCCAGGUAAUUAGACCGCCCUACUAACUAACACACGUUAGGUUUCUCUUAGACCACGGAAUUCUCGAACCCUAAUGUGGAAAUGACGUUUUUGUGUCCUGCGCUUCCGUAUAAUCGUUGUGGCGAAUUUCUGGUCGCCUUGGAUGAAAUGAUGUGGUUGUGGUUAAUGUAGUAGCUCUUCCCGCGGCCCUCGAUAAUUGAUUGUUGGCUUCAGGGUUCGAUUCGUUGUCCGUUGAUUGCUUUUAUAUGUUGAGGAUUUGUAAUUCUUUUGAGUAAUUUGAAGGAUGGCAUUGAUGAAUUCUUUCAACAUAACUAGAUUACUAACUACUCCUUUUCCUUGUUUCCUUUUCUUGUUUGAAUUUAGGAAGCUUAGGGUUAGGUUUAGGCUUCCAAUGGCAUAACCUUCAAAGAUCAACUUCACUACAAGACCACUGACAGUAACUUCCACCUAAGAGAAACUGAAUAUCUUCAUAAAUGGCAAUCUUUGGGAGGGGGAAAUUGGAUGAUUUAUGGAAGACUUUUAACAUACUGCAGAUGGCAAGAUUUCUGAAAAACGAUAUUAAUUCUUUAGUGUAGAAUACCAAUAAUAUAUGUUCUAACUUCUAAGCAAACCUAUUACUGGUAAUCAGAUUUGAAAAUGGUUAGUUAUCCUAAACACAUGUAGUUGUGAACAUUAUUUAUUAUAGAUCGGUAGGGUGUUAACAUGCAAAUGUUAAACUUUUGUGAAGAUCAUGAUGCAAUCUCGAAUUCGCAUUGUGCACAUACAAUCGCAGCUAGUACUGCAUGUCGUCGUAAAUUGGGGGUUGUUGUAUUGUUGUAGCGAUCUUGUUCGAAACUGUAUUUGCACAAGACUAGCUGGAUUUUAAGCUCAGGAGCACAAUACUCAUGAAGAAAAUUUAUCUAUGUAACACAAUAAGUGAGAUUGGUAGAUAUAUAGAACACAACCGAAGCUGCAGAUUAUUUCUUUGCAGAUCUGUGGCGUCUUCCUCUUGUUCUUCCUCUUGGGCCUUACUUGGGCUCCUCCUCCGGGCUUCGGAUCCAUAUUGCUUACGAGUUACAUUUUUGUGUCGCUACGAUCUUAUUAUUUUAAUCCGUCUCUCUGUGAUUUAGAUUUUUUUAAGUACCGUACGGAUGGAAUUUCUUGGGGGAACCUUCGACGACUCCAAAAAUAAAAUAUGGAGAAGGAAGAAUUAGUCAGCAGUGACGUUUGGUUUUAAAGAGUCAAGCGAUGCGAUGAUGUCAUCACCGUUCAUUAAUGUUUUUGAGUAGAUUAAGAUGGGGUUUGUGACUUUUGUGUUGUGUUGUUGUGUGGUUGGGUUGAUCGAUUGAUUGAUCGCUCAGUCAGUUGGUUUUGCCGCGUCGUUUGGAAAGUAGUGGGGGCCAAUUUUGGUUUUAGCCCUUAGAGUUGGAAGUUUAGUAUCGGUAUUUGGGUUAUACCGAAUAUUGUAUUGAAUUUGUUUAUAUUUGGUAUUACCGAAUAUACAUAUUAUUUUUUGAGAUUGGGAUAGAGAUUGAAUUUCAAUUGUAAUUCGGUAUUAGGGAUUUACGGGAUUGAGAUCGAUAUAUACCGAAAUACCGAUCAAUACCAAAAUAUAAGCUAGUGUGUAUU